AUGGAUACUUUGACCCUCCUUAUCGAGGAAUAUGCCGGCGACCGUGGUGCACUGUCACCCAUCCCUUUCGAGCACAUGCUUUCUUUCUAUCUACAGCCGGAACGUGUCGGGGAAGCUUCCUCUGUGGACGCAGCCUGGGUUGUGUGGAAGAAAGCUGCUCAGGUCAAUAUUUCUCUGCGUCCGCCACUCAUUACCACACUUCUGGUGGCUGUUCGUGAUUUACCCGCGCCAUCCGAUACCACAGAGAUGGCAGCCGCCGAACGGAAAGUGAAGAUGUUCAUGGAAAUCAUUGACACCAACGCUCGUCUUGCCUCUCACCCGGUCCCUGUGCAGCAUAUCUCGAUAGUCAUUCAUAGCCUUUUCACUUUGAUGCAUCUCAGUCCGGAACACAUUGGAUGGAUGAUCAAGGGGCUUGUUCAGACGCUCAGAGAAACUAAACUCUUGAACUACCACCUGUACGCCAUUCUCAUACAGGGAUAUGUAAAAGACAGCGGAGAUUAUACGAAGGGAUUCGAUCUACUAAAGGACAUGGCAGAUGAUGGUCUCGACCCUAGUCACCCCCAAAUAUACAAGGCUCUUCUCUGGAGUUUUCAGUGGGAUGAUAGAGUUCCGUGGAAGACCAUUGGAGAGUGCUGGGCCGUUCUUGAAGAACGCCGAGAAGGCCUUGUAGACGUGAAGGACUUUCUUGCUCUUCGCACGGCAGUGUUCAAAAAGGCAGACUCCGAGCACAUACUGCCAAGGGUUCUUAGCCGGAUUCGUCAGGCGUAUAAGAAGGCUUCAGGUCCGAUACCCGAAUGGAUCCCUGAAUGGGAGAAUAAACUCGCUGAGAAAGCAAACGAGGACGUGGAGCACGCACUGCGAAAGUAUCUUGGACGGAUUCGUAAGGCGUAUGAGAAGCCUAACUCGGGUAAGAUACCCGAGUGGAUUACUGAAUGGGAAAAGAGACUCGCUGAGAAAGAAAGCGAGGACGUGAAAUUGUCCGGGUCGUCCAAAGAUGUUGCAGCUGAUCAUGAUCAGGCUUCGGUUCACGCGCAGCAACAAUCGCAAGAUGCGAAUGCUGAUGAAACGCCGAAAACAAUAGUUCAGUGA